GGUCGCUGAGGACUCAGGGAGGCGGCCUGCGGCAGCGGGUGGUUCACCGGGCCGGGGGGUGCGCGCGUUUCUGAGCCCGGUGGGGAGAGUAAUCCCACGCCUGCAAGACACGGCUUUGCUGCUUGUCUACUUUUUGGAAGACUCAAUCUGUUUGUCAAGCAGGCUGACCCUUCUCUGUGGCUUUACUGACGCCGGGUAGCAAAAACUAGUUGCAGGCUUCCGUACCGCUUGGGAUGUGUAACUGAGCAUGCUGCUUCAACACAAAAGAUGAACCUUAAGGCCUUUUCAGACACAGAGCGCUCAACCCAGCUGCUGCAGGAGAGAGAGAUCUGUGCCACCAUGGCUAGAAGAGGGAUUUAACUCUUGCAAAAAGAAGAAGUGAGUGGUAGCCCAGGAAGUGGCAGUUGUCCUGCAUUGGCUCCUCCCAGGUAACUUCAAAUAGGCAUUGCCAAUGGAUGAGCUGGUGCACGACUUGGCCUCAGCUUUAGAGCAGACUUCAGAGCAAAACAAACUGGAUGAGCUAUGGGAAGAGAUGGCCCUGAGCCCACGGCAGCAGCGGCGUCAGCUUCGCAAGAGACGGGGUCGUAAACGGCGCUCAGACUUCACACAUCAGGCAGAACAUGCCUGCUGCUACAGCGAGGCCUCAGAGUCGAGCUUGGACGAAGCUGUCAAGGAUUGCCGUGAGGUGCUGACAGCUAAUUUCAGUGACUCUGAUGACAUGGCAGUGGUCAAACGACAUCCAGCUCUUAGUGCCACCCUGAGGAGCAAGCAACACUUGUGGCAUGAGUCAGACUCCUUUACAGAGAAUGCACCCUGUCGACCUCUCAGGCGCCGACGGAAAGUCAAACGUGUGACAUCAGAGGUGGCUGCCAGUCUCCAGCAAAAGCUCAGGGUGUCAGAGUGGAACUAUGAGAGGGGCUGCAGGUUCAAGUCAGCCAAGAAACAGCGUCUUUCACGCUGGAAAGAAAAUGCCCCUUGGACAUCAUCCAGCCAUGGCCUGUGUGAAUCAGGAGAGAACAGGCCCUUCCUCAGCAGCGGGGGAAGGAAGGAGCGGAUGGAGUGUGAAGCUGAUGAUCAAAAGCAGGCCUCAGAUGAAAACAUGUCAGAAUGUGAAACCAGCAGUGUUUGCAGCAGCAGUGAUACUGGCCUGUUCACCAAUGACGAAGGCCGCCAAGGAGAUGAUGAGCAAAGUGAUUGGUUUUAUGAAGGAGAAUGUGUUCCAGGAUUCACUGUCCCCAACCUUCUUCCCAAGUGGGGAGCUGAUCACCGAACUGAAGUGGAGAGGAUUGACUCAGGCCUGGACAAGCUCUCUGUUUCCACCUUCCUUUUGCCCUCACGGCCAGCUCAGAGAGGAUUUCAUGCUCGCCUAAAUCGCCUUCCAGGAGCUGCUGCCCGUUGUCUCCGUAAAGGUCGGAGGAGGCUGGUUAGCAAGGAGACCUCCAUGAGCACUCUGGGCACCGAGAGGCUGGGUCAUAUUGUUAAUGAUCCACGCCAGAAAGAUUUUUGGUUACCAUCCAUGGGGAAGAGAGAUCGCAACCAGUUCAAUCCAUUAUCUCCUCUGUACUCUCUGGAUGUGCUUGCUGAUGCUUCCCACCGAAGAUGCUCACCAGCACACUGCACUGCCAGGCAAGCAAAUGUGCACCUGGGACCUCCAUGUUCAAGGGACAUCAAGAGGAAACGAAAGCCAGCUGCAGCCUCCAUGUCUAGCCCAACAUCAGCAACUUUACCUGUCCACAUGGAUGCAGCAGAAUCAGAGCUACCAGCAACACCAUCCUUGAGAUCCCAGAACUCUGAGUGGACUGGGAAAGCACCAGCAGCUGAGAAAUCUACUAUUGCUGCCUCCAGUAACUUUUUUAAAAUGCCACCAGAGAAGAGCCCUGGAUACAGCUAAAAGGAAGCAUUGCAACUCCGAAAGCUUGUUGGAUUUUGGAAGUGUUUGAUUCUGGUGUUUGUCUGCACCAAACAUCUUGUUUGGCAGUAGGGCUAUCUCCAGUAUUGGUGCGUGAUGCCUGCCAUCACCUAGGCUGGUCUGUGUGCCUCACACACCUAAGUCAUGUUUGUGUAUCUAUGCUUAAGAAAAGGUAAUGAGUGUUGGGACUGCAGUGGCUUUUAGAAAUUUUCCUGCUAUCACUGUAUUUAUUAUGAAUUCAUCUCUUUCCCUGAUUACAGCUCAUAUGUAAUGGGUCAUGUACAGGUUCUUCUGGGUUUUCAGAUCUUUUUUCACCCCUGGACAUGUUGCUUGCUUGUGUAUUUGGCAUUUUCAGGGUGAAAGUCCCACUGCUAUUCAGGGAGGCAGGAGUCUCCCUUUGCUUGCUUCCAGGCCAAAGGGAUUUCUUGGGUGGGGAAUGAGGAGGGAAUACUAACACAUUGAAACAUGGAACCUGAAUCCUGUAUUAGCAGAAUGUUUUCUGGCCAUGUGCUAAUGGACUCAAAUCACGUUGCUUCUGGCAAAGCAAAUAUGAUGCUUGUCCACGUAGAAAUUGCCAUUAGCUCACUGGCAGCAUUGUCCAUUAGACCUUUUCCUUCUCCCUUGUUAUGGAUGUCUUCAGUCUUUUUUGUGUAUUGCAUGUUCAUUCCUAAAGCUCCUACUGGAUAAGGAUUUGGGAGAACUACUUGGACAUAAAUAUGCAAGCUGGUGU